AUGCCAAAACUGUGUGGAAAUAGUUACAUCUACAAAAAAGUUUUAAAAGUUCACUUGAGAAGUCAUAAUGGAGUGAAGCCGUACACAUGUGAUCAAUGUGGGAAGAGUUUCACACAGAAAGGAAACCUUACUGAACACAUGAGGAUCCACACUGGAGAGAAGCCAUAUGUGUGUGAUAAGUGUUGGAAGAGUUUUGCAAAUCUAAGUAAUUUGAAAUCACAUCUGAAUUCUCAUUCUGAAGUAAGACAAUUUGUGAUCGUCAACUGUGAUCAGUGUGGAAAAAGCUAUUCUGGGGCAAAAUCCCUAAAGUUACACCUGAAAAUUCAUACAAAGGAGAAACCUCACAUGUGUUCUUUGUGUGGAAAGAGUUUUUCACGGCUAAGUGUUUUAAAAGUACACCAGAAAAGUCACAGCGGUGUGAAGGAUCAUAUAUGCUCUGAUUGCGGGAAGACCUUUAUUACAGAUGCUGGACUGAAACAGCACCAGAGAAUUCACACUGGAGAAAAACCUUACAAGUGUUCACACUGUGACAAGAGAUUCAGUCAAUUUGGAUCUUGGAAAAGACAUGAAAGGACACACACUGGAGAGAAGCCGUAUUACUGCUUUUCAUGUGGGAAAAGUUUCACUCAAUCAUCUUCUCUUCUCCGUCAUACAAAAAACAUAUGUCUGAAAUCACAUUAAGUAGUUUCUGUUCAGGUCCUGCACUUCAAGUGCAAUGUUGCGUCCUCAUCAAACUUGACACAAUAUGUCAAGCAAUAAAAGCUUUACUCCAUAAAGUCUUAACCAGCCACAAGUGACAAGGCA